AUGGCCUUGAAAUCAUUAUUGAAGAAUUUUGCUCAAAAAGUUACUGGUAUCGGAGGUAACUCAAGCAGCAAUGACUUUUCCAUGAUGGAAAUGGAAUUGAAAUUUGAAUCCAAAUCCUUGCAACAAUUUCCCAAGAAAGUACUCAAAUAUAGUUCACAAUAUAAUGACUCGGGUGUGCCACUCACAGAGGAUGCACCCAUUCCUGCAUGGUCUGCUAGGAAUGUUACGAAAGGCAUUAGUAGUUAUCCUCAUUAUGGAGAUAGUGGUUCUGCAUGGUGUCCUGCUGGUAUGAAUGGAAACGAGUGGAUUGAAGUGGAAUUUGAAAUUCCAGUAUUGGUCAACGAAGUGCAUGUGUAUGAAGUUCUUGGUACGGGAUCCACAUCCAAAAUUUCUGCAAUGGUUUAUGACUCAGAAUCUUCAUCAGAGGAAUGGGUGGUGUUAUGGGAAGAUUCAAGUGUUGUCACAACUUCGACUGCUACUACAGCACGCGAUUUUUGCCCUACCUUGACAAGUUCUGUAGUUACUAAAAGAGUUAGAGUUGAUUUAAAAAUUACGAACGCAUGGAGUGAAAUUGAUACUAUCAAGCUCGUGGGUCUCUUUGAGCCUGAUCGUCCAACAAUGACUGCACUUGGGGAGGAAUACUCAUUACUAUUGACGAAGGCAGAUGAAAUGAACACAUAUUCAGACGUAAACAUUUCUCUUAAGAGUGACAGUUCAAAACAAAUACCAGCUCAUAAGGGCCUCUUGGCUACACGAUCCUCCUAUUUGUACCAAGUGCUUAUUGAAUGUGGAAACUCAUUGGAAUUAGAUUGUAAUAUUUCUUUUGACUCGUUAUAUCAAGCUAUAUUAUUCUGUUACACUAAUCAUUGUACUAUUACAGAAGAUAACAUAUUUGAAAUUUUCGAACUAGCUCAGCUGUGGAAGGUUGAGGCACUCAUUCAAUUUUGUAAACAAAAUUUAGCUAUUAUGCUUUCUCCGGCUAACGUUUUAGAAUAUUACAAGAAAACAAAGCAAAAUAAUUUCACACCACUCACAAGUCAAAUUCUUUCAACCAUGGCCAAACACUCAACCAGACUGAAAAAUGUGAAUUAUGAAUCGGUGUUCUCUUCAGACGACUUGGACGCUUUAAAGAAAUUAAUCAAACAAAAGUCAAAAUGA